GCGCUCACUUGCUCCCAGGGCUCGCGGCUCCGGGCCGCCCUCCGCCCGGCCGGCCUGCCCCCUCGGCCGCACCGCGCUUGGCCUGCACGCCCCGGACCCCCCACCUCCGCGCCCGCGCGCCGCCCCGCCCGGCAGGUGCACCUCGCGGGGCCGCAGCGCCAGGCAGCCCUGACUCAGGCUUCCCCUUCGGCCGAGCUUCUGGGCGUGUCCCUCUCCCCGCGGGCGGCUUCCUCCGCGAACCCCGGAGCUGGACGCGCCGCGGCACCCUUUGUACAGAGCCGGGAGGGUGGACCGUUUGGCGUUCGUCCGGCAGGCAGGCGCUCGGGGCAGCCGCUCGCCAGAGCCUUGCAGCCCCCAGGCCGGGAGCGCGGAGCAGGGCCGCCGGGAUGCUGCUGGCUCAUCCUUCGUGCCGAGAUUCCCCGGGUGGGUGGGAGUGCUUCCCCACCCCGGAGUUUGGCCUGCGCCCAGCCCUUCAUUCCCGGGAGAAAGAAUGGGGGGGAGGGGCAGGGGUCCAGUGCUCAUGGUGGGAGCUGUGCGGCGGGCAGAAAGGCGUGCAUGCCUGGUCUAGGUGGAGAGGCCUGCAACAGCCCUCAGUAACCUCUGGGGUCCGUGGUCAGUGAGUCCAUGGUACGAAUUUGCGUUUACGCCAGUGUUGGCGUUCACACACUACACUGUAGCUUCAUGAGGGCAGGUCCUGUCUUCUGCACAAGGGUUUAGGACGGACGUGUACUUGGUGCACAUUUGGUGUGCAAUCCAGGGCCCCCUCCUCACUUCCUUGGAUGUGGCCUAAUGAAAGCCCAUUGCCUUAUCCGGUAUUUCUGUUUGUUGACCCCUUUGCCUCCUGCACUGUGAGCCCACUUACUGCCGGGCCUGGGCCUGGUCAGGGCUUGGGUUCCCAGCACAGGGCCAGACCCUGACACAGAACAGGGGAUGGAGAAACGCUUAUUGAAUGGGUGGCUGACACCCCGUGACAGAGUGGGGACCUGGGCAGGGUGCAAGUGAGUCAGGCUGUUUUUUUUUCCUCCUGAGCAACUGUGUCAUUUGAUUCUGAACAGUUGGGUGCUGCCUUGUGUAAACUUGAAAAGAUCAAGGCUCUUUUCCUCUAGAAAGUUUGCAUCAAGGGAACAUAAGAAAAAGGGAACAUAGGAAAAAAUUGGACGCCCUGGGAAUCCCCUCACUCUUCUUUUUAAGUCCUUGCAGUUUUGUUUUGUUUUGUUUUUUAAAAGAUUUUAUUUAUUUGACAGAGAGAGACACAGUGAGAGAGGGAACACAAGCAGGGCGGGUGGGAGAGGGAGAAGCAGGCUUCCCGCGGAGCAGGGAGCCCGAUGCGGGGCUUGAUCCCAGGACCCUGGGAUCAUGACCUGAGCCGAAGGCAGACGCUUAACAACUGAGCCACCCCGGCGCCCUUGUUUUGUUUUUUAAUUGACCACUUGGUCAUCAUAUCUGACAAACAAGAUGACAUCCUUCCCUCUCUGGUGAUCUCCCAUCAUGCUGACGACACAGCCGUUUAGAAUAGGAGAGAUCAGCUCAGGUGGCUUUUUUUUUUUUUUUUAAAGAUUUUAUUUAUUUAUUUGACAGAGAGAGACACAGUGAGAGAGGGAACACAAGCAGGGGAAGUGGGAGAGGGAGAAGCAGGCUCCCCGCAGAGCAGGGAGCCUGAUGCAGGACUCGAUCCCAGGACCCUGGGAUCAUGACCUGAGCUGAAGGCAGUCACUUAACCAACUGAGCCACCCAGGCGCCCUCAGGUGGCUUUUUCAAAGACACUAGCCUUACACGGUGUGUGUGCCGGUCUCGUAGGAACCUGUUUUCACUUAGUCUCGACGGGGAAGGCCCGGGAAGACUCCCCACUUGACUGACUCUUCUCCAACCCUGCCUCCCAAGACGACAGUAGAUUCGUCUGCUCUUGAGUUGGUGAAGGGGAAAGAAAACAUUCUAGAAGUCAGGGGGAAAGGAUGGGCAAAGCUCUGUGCAUGAUGGAAAGAUUAAUUGGAUGUGGUCCCUGCUCUUGGGGACCUUAGGAUGGAGCUAAAGAGAAUGAUUUAUUCACAAGUAACUGUGACAUCAGACAGAAUGAGACAAGUACCACUUGACACAUCGGAAAAGUUGUUGCGGGUGUCCAGAGGUGGAGGGGUGGCUUUCAGCAAGAGCAGAAGGUCUCAACCCUGGCUGCAUGGUAGAAUCACCCUGGGAUGGGUCCCCUGCCCAGGCCAGAGCCCAGAAUCUUCAGGGGUGGACCUCUGAUGUCAGUUUCUGAGUUAAAGCACCCCUAGAAGAUGCCAUUGUGCAGCCAGGAUGAAGACCCCCUGGGCCAGGGUUGUCCGUGGCUGCUUCACAGUGGGGCUGGGACUGGACUGGGAGAUGAUAUUCCAAGAAGACAAAACCCCAGGAGGCCCGGACCCUCUUGGGAAAGUGUAGAGCAUGUCAGUCCCCAUCCCCCUGAAUGGCCCAGAGAUUUGGAGUCACCAGGCAGACAGGUACCUUUGCAGGAGCUGAGUAAUGAGCUUGCUGUGGAAGACCCAUGGUUACCUGUCCCCGGGGAUCCUCAAUCGCCUCAUUACCUCAUUUCCUACACCCAGAGGGGCGGAACGGCUAGCAGGACAGCAGUGGGACUGAGGCUCCAGAAGGGGUGAGCAAAGCAGGAGGCAGACCGAUUUUGUGGAACUCUCUCCUCAUAGCUUCCCUUGGGCUGUCUUAAAAGACCUUCCCUUCGCCUGUCUUAAAAAUACACCCCACCAACCCCUGCCAGGAGCUUCUUUGUGAACUCAGAGCCUUAGGAUCUCAAGGAGACCGCUGCCCCAACCCUGGACUGGGUGGAUGGUGGUGUUGAGUGCGAGGCCAGCAAACCAGGUCUCUGCCUGGGCCUCUGAUGCACGUGACCACAGCCUUGAACCCAGCCUCCUGGGGCUCCUGGACAAUGACCGAGCCUCGUGGAUUUGUUCCUGCCUCAUCCACGCAAGGGCCACUUGUGUAAAUACGUCAUCCGCUUUUUCUUGUGUGCUGCUAUAUGUAAAAGAAUUUGAGUUUGCACCCCCGUGGAUUUCAUUUAUUUAUAAAAUAAUGCCACAUACUACCAUCCUAAAUAUCAUGGACACAGAAAUACACACCAAUAUAGACCUUUUAAAGGGAUGAGAGGCAAAGUGAACAUGGUCAAAUUUGUUGAGCGUAUUAGUGCUACUAGAUCAAUCAUAAAAACGUGGAUGUUUUAAUUUUUUUAAGUAGUCGGCAUGCCCAUCAUGGGGCUCAAACUCACGACCCCAAGAUCACGAGUCACACGGUCCACCGACUACACCAGCCAGACGCCCCAUCCCAUAUGCUGUUUUUCAAAGAAAGCCAUGUGAGCAAGUCUGCAUCCCAUUUAUAAAGUCUUGGUGAACCCUAAGUCCUCAUCCGAAGGUUUGGUUCUAGGUUCUGUUUAUUUUGGUUCCUGGUUCUGGUGUGUCGCCGGUAAAUGCCAUGAACCUCGUGAAGCCACGUAGACUGUGCUGGGAGCCCAGGACUUGCCUUUCUUUCCCACUCACCAAUCCCGCGAGGGCUCUUGCUGUGUUGCGGGGUGGGGGCGGGGGCGGGGUAAGCAUUCAGGGGCUGCUGGGGCAGGUGGAGCGUCUAGCUCCGGUUACUCUUAGCAUGUGCGUGUGCAUGUAGAUGGCACUGCCCCUGGGCUCCACACAUCCCUUUUCAUAAAUGCUCCAUUCCUAGCCCGGAUUGUUUUGAAAAACCACAACUCUCACUCAUUGUCACCUUUUCCUUGAAGGGACAGAUUUGAGUAUGUCGGCUUAAGAGAAAUGAGGUAGCUGACACACGGCGGUCCGUUGUCAUGGAGAAAAAAGAAAAAGACCUCCAGAUUUGGAACUUUUCUUGAGAGAAAAUAUGUAUUUCCUCCUUAAGUUCUAAGUCCUGAGAUGACUGGUGACCCUUCCUGUCACCAAGGGUAUUCACGGUCACUUCCCAAAUCCUUACAAAGUAUCGUAACGCUUCAGCCAUGAUUGUGUGUGUUUUAAUUGCACCUGAACGUCAUACCUUGAAUCACAUGAAGUCCGGCACGUGUGCGAGGCUUAAACUAAACCAGCGAGCGAGGGCCGCCAUCCCUGCCAUAUCUCAGAAGCCGCCAUCCCCGUCAGGGUACGUGGCUGCCAACACACAGGCCAGCAGGCGUGCCAGGGUCCUUCCCUACUGAAUAUCAGUAAAGCCAAUUUCCCCCUCACUUUUAUUUAUUUUUUUAAGAUUUUAUUUAUUUAUUUGACAGAGAGACACAGCGAGAGAGGGAACACAAGCAGGGGGAGUGGGAGAGGGAGAAGCAGGCUCCCCGCUGAGCAGGGAGCCCAAUGUGGGGCUUGAUCCCAGGACCCUGGGAUCAUGACCUGAGCCGAAGGCAGACGCUGAACGACUGAGCCACGCAGGCACCCCAAUUUCCCCCUCAUUUUUAUUUUAUUUUAUUUUAUUAUUUAUUUUUAAAAGAUUUUAUUUAUUUUUUUGAGAGAGAGAGACAUAGCGAGAGCAGGAACACAAGCAGGGGGAGUGGGAGAGGGAGAAGCAGGCUUCCCGCAGAGCAGGGAGCCCGAUGUGGGACUCAAUCCCAGGACCCUGGGAUCAUGACCUGAGCCGAAGGCAGACGCUUAACGACUGAGCCACCCAGGCGCCCCCCCUCCCCUUCAUUUUUAAAGAAAAAUACCUGUGAGUGCAGUUUCUCACCAUUCCUUUCGUCCAGCAGAUGGUGUCUCGCACCCUGCCUGGAGGCUGGUGGUAGGCUUGGCUGGCGGGGACCACCCUUUAAAUGCACCUGCCGCUUUCCUCCUAUGCUUUACAGCGUUGACUGCUAUUUAGACUUUGCAUCUGCAGAAUCCACUGAAAUAGACAUUUUCACAUGUUUACUGUGCACCCCCCCCAAAAAAACACACACACCCCGAAAGAUGAGAUCAUGUGCUGGGUAAACAAUCAGACAAAACACCUGGAGAUCAGCAUUACUGCCCAUGUGGAUGCCCCCUGCCCAGCACACUGCCUUGGCACAGCAUCCGAGGCCUUGGUCAGCUUCCCUUUCUGGCUCAUUCCCACUGCUCCCCGCCCAGGUACUCAGAACCACGGGCUGCUCCCCACACACGCUCUUCCCCUCCCCCCCACCCCCCAGCUAUGAGGACACUCGACACCGGUCUCCGGUGUCCCUCACUCCCAGGAGCCUUCUCAGAGCUUCCCUCGCAUCAGGCACACACACACACACACACACACACACACAUGAGUUCAGUCCUCUCCAGAAUCUCAUGAUGCCUCCUUUGGCUGGACUCCAGCAAUUACAGUACACAGACAUGUUCGUGGACUGUGAGCAUCUUGGGAUGGGAAUGUUAUGAUUUCCAUUUCCACACCCUCAGCACCCCUUGCACAGCAAGCACUGGGCAGAUGUUUGUGGGAGGAAUCAAUGCUUUUUUGUCUUAUGUAUCAUAGAAGACCGCAGAUUCUACCCACAAGCAUUAAGUACCUAUUUGGAAUGGACACACAUAGACCUUUACUACCACUCACUGUAGUGGACUCCCCAUGUCGAUAAGGAAAUGCUCUCCUAGCUGAGCUGGGUCCUCACCAGCCUUGGUCCUCAGGAAAAGUGCCGAGUCCUGGCCAGCGCCACCAGUAAGGCUCUGUCUCUAUUCCACACCCGUGGAAAGAGGGUAAAGCUGUGCUUGUCUGCUCUCUGUGUGAUGUGCGGAGGCCCAGCUUCGUGGAGACCCCUCCUUCUCACCAUGCCGUCCUCCAGGCCUGGGCAGACUCAGGCUUCCCUGGAAGGAGAUGCACUGAGCUCGGGAUGUGACGGGAACUCGUGACACAACAGGUGCCCUCCUUUUGCCCAGAGGUCCCAGUAGAGUCAUGCCAGCAAGUCCUGGGCCCCUCCUGAUGUCCCGUGAGGCGUCCGUCACCCCGCUGCACUCGAGAGGCCCACAGGCCCCACCCCAGAGCCCUGGUCACAGAGCCGCCUCCUCCCGGCCAGUCCUGCCGUAGCCCCGGAGGGAGACCGUGGCCAGGAGCCUCUCCCAGGACCCAGGACCGUGAGCACCAGGGGCCUACCUCCACUCCCCCUGCGCCCUCACCACCGUGUGGACGGGAACCAGGUGCUCUGGGGGGCAAGGGGGGCCCUCCACCUCCGCCGCCCACGUGCCCACCCUGGGUGGGUGCAGCUCCGUCCGCCCCCGGCCUUCAUGCCCGCAGCUUCCACAACGCGGGGGUGCCGUGUCCUGGGCGUCGUGGGGUCUUCCUGAGCUCCUUCAGACCACCUCCUUCUGCGGCAGGUGCACCGCGGCCACCGUACACCCAGCCUUCCGUCAGCCUGAAGAUGGCCGUGCUCAGGCAGCUGGUGCUCCUGCUCUGGAAGAACUACACUGUGCAGAAGCGCAAAGUCCUGGUGACCGUCCUGGAGCUCUUCCUGCCCUUGCUGUUCUCUGGGAUCCUGAUAUGGCUCCGCUUGAAGAUCCAGUCAGAAAAUGUUCCCAAUGCCACCAUUUACCCCGGCCAGUCCAUCCGAGAGCUGCCCCUGUUCUUCAGCUUCCCGCCUCCAGGCGACACCUGGGAGCUUGCCUACAUCCCGUCCCAGAGUGACGCCGUGAAGACCAUCACGGAGAUGGCACGGAGGACGCUGGUCAUCAACAUGAGAGCUCGCGGCUUUCCCUCGGAGAAAGACUUUGAGGACUACAUCAGGUACAACAACCGCUCCUCGAACGUGCUGGCCGCCCUGGUGUUUGAGCACACCUUCAACCACAGCGGGGAGCCCCUGCCUCUGGCGGUGAAAUACCACUUACGGUUCAGCUACACACGAAGAAACUACAUGUGGACCCAAACAGGCUCCUUUUUCCUGAAAGAGACAGAGGGAUGGCACACCACUUCGCUCUUCCCACUUUUCCCAAACCCAGGACCAAGGGAGCCUGCGUCCCCUGACGGCGGAGAACCUGGGUACAUCCGUGAAGGCUUCCUGGCCGUGCAGCAUGCGGUGGACAGGGCCAUCAUGCAGUACCACGCCAACGCCUCCACGCGUCAGCUGUUUGAGAAGCUCACCGUGAUCGCGAAGAGGUUCCCUUACCCCCCUUUUAUUUCGGACCCCUUCCUGGUUGCCAUCCAGUACCAGCUCCCCCUGCUGCUCAUGCUGAGCUUCACCUACACCUCGCUCACCAUCAUCCGGGCCGUCGUGCAGGAGAAGGAGAGGAAGCUGAAGGAGUACAUGCGCAUGAUGGGGCUCAGCAGCUGGCUGCACUGGAGCGCCUGGUUCCUCCUCUUCUUCUUCUUCCUCCUCGUGGCGGUCUCCUGUGUGACCCUGCUGUUCUGCGUCAAGGUGAAGAAGGACGUGGCUGUGCUCACUCACAGCGACCCCUCGCUGGUCCUGGUCUUCCUGCUGUGCUUCGCCACCUCAUCCGUCUCCUUCAGCUUCAUGGUCAGCACCUUCUUCAGCAAAGCCAACAUGGCAGCCGCCAUAGGGGGCUUCCUCUACUUCUUCACCUACAUCCCAUACUUCUUCGUUGCUCCCCGAUACAACUGGAUGACUCUCAGCCAGAAGCUGCUCUCCUGUCUCCUGUCCAAUGUUGCCAUGGCGAUGGGAGCCCAGCUCAUAGGAAAAUUUGAAGCAAAAGGCGUAGGCGUCCAGUGGCAAGACCUCCUGAGUCCCGUCAAUGUGGACGACAACUUCUCCUUCGGGCAAGUGCUGGGCAUGCUGCUACUGGACUCUGUCCUCUAUGGCCUGGUGACCUGGUACGUGGAGGCCGUGCUCCCAGGGCAGUUCGGAGUGCCCCAGCCCUGGUACUUCUUUGUCAUGCCAUCGUACUGGUGUGGGCACCCGCGGACAGUUUUGGGAAAAGAAGAGGAAGACGACCCAGAGAAAGCGCUCAGAACGGAGUACUUUGAGGCUGAGCCGGAGGACCUGGUGGCCGGGAUCAAGAUCAAGCAUGUGACCAAGGUGUUCAGAGUGGGGAACAAGGGCAAGGCGGCCGUCAGAGAUUUGAACCUGAACCUGUACGAGGGGCAGAUCACGGUGCUACUGGGCCACAAUGGCGCAGGGAAGACCACCACCCUCUCCAUGCUCACAGGUCUCUUUCCCCCGACGAGCGGACGGGCGUAUAUCAAUGGGUACGAGAUUUCACAAGACAUGGUUCAGAUCCGCAAGAGCCUGGGCCUCUGCCCACAGCACGAUGUGCUGUUCGACAACCUGACCGUCGCAGAACACCUGUAUUUCUACGCACAGCUGAAGGGCUUGUCCCGUCAGAAGUGCCCUGAAGAAGUCCAGCGGAUGCUGCACGUCCUCGGUCUGGAGGACAAGCAGGACUCCCUGAGCCGGUUCCUGAGUGGGGGCAUGAAGCGCAAGCUCUCCAUCGGCAUCGCCCUCAUAGCGGGCUCCAAGGUGCUGAUGCUGGACGAGCCCACCUCGGGCAUGGACGCCAUCUCCAGGAGGGCCAUCUGGGACCUCCUGCAGCAGCACAAGAGUGACCGCACCGUGCUGCUGACCACGCACUUCAUGGACGAGGCUGACCUGCUGGGGGACCGCGUGGCCAUCAUGGCCAAGGGGGAGCUGCAGUGCUGCGGGUCCUCGCUGUUCCUCAAGCAGAAGUAUGGUGCAGGCUACCACAUGACGCUGGUGAAGGAGCCUCACUGCGACCCUGAGGCCAUCUCCCGGCUGGUGCAGCACCAUGUUCCCAGUGCCACGCUGGAGAGCAGAGCUGGCUCAGAGCUGUCCUUCAUCCUCCCCAAGGAGAGCACGCACAGGUUCGAAAGUCUGUUCGCUAAGCUGGAGAAGCAGCAGAAGGAGCUGGGGAUCGCCAGCUUCGGGGCCUCAGUCACCACCAUGGAGGAGGUCUUCCUCCGGGUCGGCAAGCUGGUGGACACAAGCAUGGACAUCCAAGCCAUCCAGCUCCCUGCCCUGCAAUACCAGCAUGAGAGGCGGGCGAGCGACUGGGCUGUGGACAGCCACCUGUGUGGGGCCAUGGACCCGACCAACGGCGUGGGCUCCCUGAUCGAGGACGAGUGCACCACUGCCAAGCUCAACACUGGGCUCGCCCUCCACUGCCAGCAGUUCUGGGCCAUGUUCCUGAAGAAGGCCACGUACAGCUUGCGUGAGUGGAAGAUGGUGGUGGCCCAGGUCCUGGUCCCGCUGACAUGCGUCACCCUGGCCCUCCUGGCCAUCAACUACUCCUCAGAGACCUUCGACGACCCCAGGCUGGAGCUGACCCUGGGGGCAUACGGCCGAACCGUUGUGCCCUUCGCCGUUCCGGGGGCCUCCCGGCUGGACCAGCUGCUGGCAGAGCGUCUGAAAGACAUGCUGCAGGCUGAGGGCCAGGAGCCGCGGGAGGUGCUGGGUGAUCUGGAGGAGUUCCUGAUUUUCAGGGCCUCGGUGGAGGGAGGCGGCUUUAACGAGCGGUGCUUGGUGGCGGUGUCCUUCAGAGACGUCGGCGAGCGGAUGGUGGUCACUGCCCUGUUCAACAACCAGGCAUACCACUCCCCGGCUACUGCACUGGCCGUCGUGGACAACCUUCUGUUCAAGCAGCUGUGUGGCCCCCGGGCCUCCAUCAUGGUCUCCAACUACCCCCAGCCCCGGACCACCCUGCAGGCCGCCAAGGACCAGUUCAACGAGGGCCGGAAGGGAUUCAACAUCGCUCUCAACUUGCUGUUCGCCAUGGCGUUCCUGGCCAGCACCUUCUCCAUCCUAGCAGUCAGCGAGAGGGCCGUCCAGGCCAAGCAUGUCCAGUUUGUGAGCGGGGUCCACGUGGCUAUUUUUUGGCUCUCCGCACUGCUGUGGGACCUCAUGUCCUUCCUCGUCCCCAGUCUGCUGCUUCUGGUGGUGUUCAAAGCCUUUGACGUGCACGCCUUCACGCGCGACGGCCACAUGGCAGAUGCCCUGUUGCUGCUCAUGCUCUAUGGCUGGGCCAUCAUCCCCCUCAUGUACCUGAUGAACUUCUUCUUCUCGGGAGCAGCCACUGCUUACACGAGGCUGACCAUAUUCAACAUCCUGUCGGGCAUAGCCACCUUCCUCAUGGUCACCAUCAUGCGCAUCCCAGCGGUCAAGUUAGAAGAGCUUUCCAGAACCCUGGACCACGUGUUCCUGGUGCUGCCCAACCAUUGUCUGGGGAUGGCGGUCAGCAGCUUCCACGAGAACUUUGAGAUGCGGAGGUACUGCACCUCCUCGGAGGUCGCGGCCCACUACUGCAGGAAGUACAACAUCCAGUACCAGCAGAACUUCUAUGCGUGGAGCGCCCCGGGGGUCGGCAGGUUCGUGACCUCCAUGGCAGCUUCUGGAUUUGCCUACCUCAGCCUGCUCUUCCUCAUCGAGACCGACACGCUGUGGAGGCUGAAGACCUGCCUCUGUGCCUUCUGGAGGAGGCGGGCGCUGACGGAAGCGUACGCUCGGACGUCAGCACCUCCUGAGGACCAGGACGUGGUGGAUGAAAGGAACCGGGUCCUGGCCCCCAGCAUGGACUCCCUGCUGGACACACCUCUGGUUAUCAAGGAGCUCUCCAAGGUGUACGAGCAGACGACGCCCCUACUUGCUGUGGACAAGAUCUCCCUUGCAGUCCAUAAAGGGGAGUGUUUCGGCUUGCUGGGUUUCAACGGAGCCGGGAAAACCACAACUUUCAAAAUGCUGACGGGGGAGGAGACCAUCACAUCUGGGGAUGCCUUUGUCGGGGGCUACAGCAUCAGCUCUGAAAUCGGGAAGGUGCGGCAGCGGAUCGGCUACUGCCCCCAGUUUGACGCUUUGCUGGACCACAUGACGGGCUGGGAGACGCUGGUCAUGUACGCCCGGCUUCGGGGCAUCCCCGAACGCCACAUCGGCGCCUGCGUGGAGAACACGCUCCGGGGCCUGCUUCUGGAGCCACACGCCAACAAGCUGGUCAGGACAUACAGCGGUGGCAACAAGCGGAAGCUGAGCACAGGCAUCGCCCUGCUUGGAGAGCCUUCGGUCAUCUUCCUGGACGAGCCAUCCACUGGCAUGGACCCCGUGGCCCGGCGCCUGCUCUGGGACACUGUGGCACGGGCCCGAGAGUCGGGCAAGGCCAUCGUCAUCACCUCCCACAGCAUGGAGGAAUGCGAGGCUUUAUGCACCCGGCUGGCCAUCAUGGUGCAGGGUCAGUUCAAGUGCCUGGGCAGCCCACAGCACCUCAAGAGCAAGUUUGGCAGCGGCUACUCCCUGCGGGCCAAGGUCCGCUGCGACGGGCAGCAGGAGGCGCUGGAGGAGUUCAAGGCGUUUGUGAACCUGACCUUCCCAGGCAGCGUCCUGGAAGAUGAGCACCAAGGGAUGGUCCACUACCACCUGCCCGGGGAUGACCUCAGCUGGGCCAAGGUGUUUGGUGUUCUGGAGAAGGCCAAGGAGAAGUAUGCCGUGGAUGACUACUCUGUGAGCCAGAUCUCACUGGAGCAGGUCUUCCUGAGCUUCGCCCACCUGCAGCCACCUGCCGAGGACGAGGGGCCAUGAGGAGCCAGCAGGCGUGGGGCAAGUGGCCGCACAGGCAGGCGUCCUCCCCCUCCGAGUUCAUCUUAUCCUGCACCUUUAUUUCCAAUCACCGUUUUCUAUAAUGGACGCGAGAAUCAAGGCACAGUGGGGACCAGGAUGUCGGAGCCCUCACGCUGGGAAUCAGCAUGCAAACAUCUGUGUCCAAGGCAGUGGCCAGAGCCCCUCUCUGGAACUCAGGACCCAGCAAAAGCAGCCCUGCAGGCACGUGCGGGCGAGCCUUGGGGUCUCUGGGCAGAGAGCCCCUCGGGAAGGGGCUGCAGCCGACCUGGGGUUUGCAUUUCCUCAAGUGCUCACGAGACGAGCACCAGUAACAGCCCCAUAUCUGCACACAGCAUGGAGCCUCCCAGGGGCGACACGGGGAGCCAGCAGGACAGCGGGCAGCAGGGCUCGCCAGGCUGCCCGGAAUGGAGAGUGUUGCCUGUGGCCGUCCACAAGGGAGGUGCUGCUUGUGACCACAGUCUGUGGUCUUGGCUUCCGGGGGGCCUGGGAGUCGCUGCUCCACGGAGCAUGCUCUUGAUGCCAGGCAGGGCUGACCCCACGCCCGGCGCCAUCACACCAGCGUCUCCCAGGGUCAGCGGGCUCGGGGAGAGAAGGCAGUCCUUCAUGCCCGAGGCUGGCUUCUGGAGAAGCCACAAGCAGGAGGCCAGUUAGGGACCACUGCGGGACCAAGGGACCGUCUAUGUCUAUGGAGGAUGCACCUGACACGCGGUGACUCUGUCCAGAAAAUAAAGUUCGGGAGGGAACAUGACCUCGGUC